CAAGCCUACGCCUUCCGGUGGGUGUCGGAGCCAGGUGAGGCCGCCGCGGUCCCUCAACUAACGCCCAGAUCCAGCUAAGGGAUCGACUGCGGGGACGACCCGGGGCAGAGGCUGAUCACCAACGCCCUCUAGAGGCCAAGGUCUUCUGCAGGCGAUGAUCCUGCGGCUACCCUUCACCGCGCGACUAUUUUCGAUCCCUUCAUCCCCCGCACCCACGGGCAUUCGCCACUGCGCCUGCGCACAGUAUGCCCCGCCCACCUCCAGACCGGAUGUUGACUGACUUCCCAUAGUGCCUCGCGAGUGGCGGGCAUGAUAACAGGUUUAGUAGGGUACCUCGCACGCUUCAGGUAGUGUUACCUUGGCUGUUCGUUAUUCGGGUGGCUGGGCCACUGCGUCGUCCGCCGGUGCGAUGGCGCUCCUCCGAGGUGUGUGGAGCGUGGCGAGGGCUCUGGGAAGGUCUGGAGCAGAGCUGUGCGCCGGCUGUGGAAGUAGACUGCGCUCACCUUUCAGUUUUGUGUAUGUUCCAAAGUGGUUUUCAUCCACCUCGAAUGGAUAUCCAAAGAGACCUGCGAAUGCAUACGCUCGAUUUUUAAAAGAAAAGUUGAGCAUAACUAGAGCUCAGAACCCAGGUACAAAAAUUACAGAAAUAAUGAGAAGACUUGGAGAGCAAUGGAAGGAACUUCCUGAUGCAGAGAAAAAAAUCUAUGAAGAUGCUUAUAAAGAAGAGUGGAAGGCAUACAAAGAAGAGAGAAACAGAAUUAAUGAAACACUGUCUUUGUCUGAGAGAGCAGUUUUGGCACAAAGUAAAACACAAAACCAUUUGAAAAGGAAAGGAAUAAUAAAGAAAGAGUUAUUAACGCUUGGAAAACCAAAAAGGCCUCGUACAGCUUACAACAUUUAUCUGGCUGAAUACAUUCCAGACUGUGAAGCUACCACAAUACAGGCAAAAUGGAAAUCUGCAUAUGAAAACUGGAAAAAUUUGUCUGACUCUCAAAAGCAGGUAUAUGAACAGCUUGCCGAGGACGAUAAAAUUCGUUAUCGUAAUGAAAUAAAAUCUUGGGAAGAACAGAUGAUUGAAGUUGGACGAAGUGAUCUUAUACGUCGAAAGACAAAAUAAGUUAACAGGAAAAAGAAGACUGAUUUGUGCUCCUCGUGGAUGGACACAAGAAAUCAAUUAGGUCUCAGUAUCAGAAAGUAUUGUAAAAUUAGAAUAACGUUGGUAAACAUUUCAUAUUCAGUUAAAAGAGACUUUAGCUCUUGGACUGUGGCUGUUUGAAGAUAUUUUGUGUAUUUUGAAAAACCAAACAGAUCAGAGUUCAUGCAGAAUUUUAUUCUGUGUUUAAGAAGUACUGAGGAUCAGAAUAACUCAAGCAGAUGUAACAGUGAAUCAUUUUACCUUUAAUAAGGUAAAUCAGUCUGUGAAGUUUUUUUUCUUAAUUCUGGAUGACAAUUAUGGAAAUAGUAUUCUUGUCUCUUACACUAUGAAGGCAGAAGUUUCUUUUCAAGAGGUUCGCAAAUUGUAGGAGCCGCUGUGCUCUAUGAUACAAUAACGCAUUUGAAAAAAGAAACCAGAGCCCUGUGUAAUACACAUUUGUAAACCCACCUCUUAGGAGGCUGAGGAGGAUUGCUAUGAAUUUGAGGCCAGCCUGGGCUACACAGUAAGUUCAAAACCAACCUGGAAUGCAAAAUGAGGCCCUAGUUCAAUAAAAAGCCAGACUCGCUUAGGUAAAUUCUAAUUUCUAGGUGUAAUUCAUGCUAUAUUUAAAACUGAUGGUUGUAUGUGCAAGUGAUCGUUGGUUUCAGUAACAACUUUUUGUAAAAGAUACUGAGAUUUAAAAACCUUUUUAUUCAUUAUCUUUUACCUAAAGUACAAUUAUGUACCAAUAUGUAUGCAUAUUGGUUUAUUUUGCAUAGAAUAAAGGUUUUUAAUUAUUCAUUUUA